AUGAAAAAGCUUCGUAAUUCGCUGACUCAAAUGCUUGAUUAUUAUAGUUUGCGGCUCGCUCAACGUUUUAAUUUCAUGAUAUUCGAAGAUGACGCUUACUAUUUUAUAAACUUCGAGGAGGCACCAUCGAAGAGAGCCCGUAGUUACCUAGCCCUCGAGAGAGAAGUCAACGGAGAAACGGGAAGAGUCAUCCGUUUUGACUCCCUAAGCAAAAUCGUCAGUUCAGGAAUGCGGUUGGGCUUCCUCACGGGCCCCUUACCUGCUGUGCAGAAGGUCAUAAAAAUCACGGAAAACAUAAACCUUCAACCAGCAUCCACCACUCAGUUUCUUGCCCUGGCUCUAUUUCGACACUGGGGCUAUCCCGGGUUCCUCAAGCAUUGUGCGAAGGCUGCCAAUACCUAUGGGCAAAAACGGGACGCUUUCGCAGCUGCAGCAGAGCGGCACCUCAAAGAGAAAGCGACAUGGGAUAUCCCAACUGCUGGCAUGUUCUUUUGGCUAACACUCCGUCUUCCGCCGUGCAUGGACAGUUUCGAUUUGCUGAGUACUAAGGGCUUGGAGAAUGGCGUUCUCGCAAUUCCGGGCGUCGCUUUCAUGCCCAACAUCCGUAAGACAUGCCACCUCCGCGCGAGUUAUAGUCUUAUCACUGAGGUGGAGAUGGACGAGGCGUGCAGGCGGAUUGCAAAGCUCGUGGAUGAUGCUUGGGGAUCCCAAUUGGACUUAGCAAAGACCUGAGUGUUGGAGUUCGAAUGCGGCUCCAUCGUCUCCAGUUUGUUUAUUUUGCACGAUGGUAAAUUGCAGGAUGCUCUCUAUAAUCUUUGAAUGUCAAUGUCAGGUUCUUGAACUAGACAAAAUUACUACAAGGCGCAUGUUUCCAGCACUCAAUGCUCCUUAAAGAUAUAAAGCCCCAGAAAGCCUCAUGGGUAGAUCAACAGUCUCCAUUGCAGUAUUUUAUUGUCAUUAGCCCCUACGCGUGAGAGUGAGUAGGAUAAUGGUCAAGUUCAUAUAUCGCUUUGCCCUCCCGAAAAGAAAAAGAAAAAUCGUUAUUCAUCCCUCUGAGAUAGGUUGCGGAACCUUUGAUAUGCGAUAUAUCAUUGGAAGGGAGACAGGAAUUAUUUUAAAGGCCCUAAU